CGUCGUUACGCGUGCUGUCUCGACGUCGGACCGAGGUGCCUGUCGCAGCGAGAGUGCCCAGGAAUACCUGCUAAUCUUGGGGAAUAUUGAAAAAAACCCGUGGAUAUUUUUUGGAAAAUCAUGCAGAAAUCUUGAAAUGAGAGUGUGAAAUGGUAUCACUACCGAAAGUGAGGAUAACUACCACUGCCUCAUUGAUGAAGACGAGCAGAACGGCUCUCUGGAAUAACUGCUGCUGCAUUCAUAAACACUUCUUUAGGACUCACAACAACCCCUGAGCUUGGAGGGGUUUUUCUUUUGUGGGUAAAGGGGGAGGGGGGGUGUCACAAAAACACCACAGAUUCCUGUUGUGCACGUGGUUUGACAAUGGCUGAAAAAGGUAAAAUGAAUAUAGAUCAUCUCGGCGGAGUUGUCAGGCUCCGAGAGGAACACCAGAAGGUGGUGAAAGACUGUGAAAGUCGGAUUCAGCACUGGAAGAAGGUGUCAGGUGACUAUGAAGCCCUGAAUGAGCGCCUUCAAACUCUUCCAGACCAACUGUGUUAUGACAUUAUGGUGCCGUUUGGCCCUUUGGCUUUCAUGCCAGGGAAGCUGGUGCACACCAACGAGGUCACAGCGUUGCUCGGUGACAACUGGUUCGCUAAGUGCUCUGCCAAGCAGGCUCAGAAACUGGUCAACCACAGGAUGAAAUAUGUGAAGAGCGAACUAGAUGAUCUCAACAAGACUAUGAAAAACUUUGAAGACAGAGUUGGGUUUGUGAAGAAUUUGGAAACCAUGUCAACCACUAAAGGGGACUAUGUUGACAUAAGAGAAGAAGCCGAAAACAAUGAUACUGUUGUCGCCAAAGGAAAGCCAAGAAUAGCUCACAAACCAAAUUCUAAACCCAAGUUGGAUGCCGUGUUGGAUCUGAAAGAGGAGGAUGAGGAGGACGAAGGAAAGGGCAGAGAUGGAGGGAGCACAAAAGGCGUCGUGACUGAGGAGGAGUUGUGGGCUCGAUUGGAUGAACUUGAGAAACUCGAGGAGCUGCAAGAUGAACAGUACAGAUUAUCUGACAAUGCAGACAUGAACGGUGAGGACACGUCAUCCUUUUCCUCAGAAGAGGAGAAGGAGGGAGACGCUGCACCUCCGGUAAACGGACUGAGUCUGAAGCCCAGCUGGACCUCCUUGCCUCACAGUAAAGCGCCACCCAGUGUAGACAGGAAUGAGGAAGAAUACGACGAGGAAGAGGAAGGCAGCUGUUUGCCUACCAUCUUUUUCUCUCACACAGUCGAACCCAAGAAGGUGAGGAUAAACACAGGAAAAAACACCACGUUGAAGUUCAGUGAAAGAAAAGAGCAGAAGGAACACUCAAAGAGGAAAAAGAAGAACGGCCAUAAUAACGGACACUCCCAUCACGAACUUCACAAAAUCACAACACCAGCAGACAUUUAUAGGUUGUUUGUGGACGUGAAGAACGGGGAACCCAUUCCCAGGAAGUCAAUCCUGAAGUCACGCAGCCGAGAGAAUAGCGUGUGCAGCGACACAAGCGAAAGCAGCGCAGCAGAUUUCGAAGAGCGCCGGAUGAUGGGCCGCAGCUUCAGCCACGAUGAGGCGACGCACAGCGACACCAGUGACGGCAUUACAGAGGAGGACAGUCCCACAGCGGUCCCACUGCACCCCGCUAGCCGAUUUGAAGCUUUUUCAGGUACAGUGGUAGAAAAGGAUCCAAUGCCUUCAGCUGUCCCCCAUCUGACCAUCGCUCCACCAGCUCUGCCGACCAUACUGGAGAGGAAACAGGAGGAGGUGGCGCCUGACGCCCCCCCGCCCCAGCAAGCCCCAAAAAGGGUGUCGAAGUUUAAAGCUGCCAGGUUGCAGCAGAAGUGACUGUUCACGAGCAGAUUCCAUAUUUCACAAUAACUUCUUGGUUGUUGUUUUUUUUUCUUUUUAAAGCCGUUAUUUCUUUUCUACAACUGAUGAACUGGACAAACCGCAGAUCAUCUUCUCCCCUCCUUUCUUUUACGCGUCUUUCACUUCUAAUCAUGCAGGGUUUCUGUCGUUGAGUAGGACUGUUUAGUGAGAAAAAGCACAGUAGCAAUAUUAAUAAAUCAGCCCUGUGUGUAACACUGCUUUUUAACAAGCUCCUAACAGCGGUAAAUGCAGUCUCUAUUGCUUAUCUACCCUUACACUAUAAAUGGCACUUUUGUCUAUCUCUCUGUGAGGCCUGUUUUGCUGUCUGUCACAUGUUUACCUGUCUUCUGCUUUUUUGUUGAUCCGAGCUAUUGCCAGUUGAGGUAAGACUCUAGGCUUUGCCACUUGUGAUGAGUUGCCUUGUUUUGCUUCUUUUGCUUCUUUUCCCUGGUAUUGAUCAUUAAACAGAAUCAGGUGCCUGUUAGUUCUCAUUUUACCUUCCCUUGACCUGCCUAAUGAAUGUAUGUAUUCCUUUGUGACAAGCUUUAUGUAAAGAUAAAAAAAGAAUAUUGAUGGAAACUACUAAAAUAAACGAUUUUGGCUACAA